AUGUCUCAAGAAGAAAUCCACGACACUGCUAAACCUGGAUUGCGAGUCGCUCUAGAAGGCUGCGGCCAUGGGAAAUUGCAUGACAUAUAUGCCAAAGUUGCCGAAACUGCCGCCUCCAAAGGAUGGGAUAGCGUGGACUUGCUCAUCAUUGGUGGCGAUUUCCAGUCGGUUCGGAAUGCAAAUGACUUGACUGGAAUGUCAGUGCCUAUCAAGUACCGAGAAAUCGGAGACUUCCACGAGUAUUACAGUGGCAAGCGUGUUGCACCAUAUCUCACCUUGUUCAUCGGCGGAAAUCACGAAGCUAGCAACUACCUGCGAGAGCUCUACUAUGGCGGUUGGGUAGCUCCCAACAUCUACUACGUGGGCGCCGCCAACGUGCUUCGAUUUGGGCCAUUACGUAUUGCUGGACUUUCCGGGAUUUGGAAAGGCUACGACUAUAGAAAGCCACAUUUUGAACGUCUCCCGUAUAACUCCGACGAUGUGAAAUCCAUCUAUCACGUUCGAGAAAUCGACGCACGAAAGCUCUUGCAGGUUCGAACACAGGUCGAUGUAGGCCUUUCGCAUGACUGGCCACGAGAAGUGGAGAAGUUUGGAGACUACAAUCGCCUUUUCAGAAUCAAGCGCGGUUUUCGAGAGGAUUCAGAGUCCGGCAAACUGGGAAACUUCGCUGCCAAAAAGAUACUGGAUAGACUGCGCCCACGCUACUGGUUCUCAGCUCAUCUGCAUGUCAGGUAUUCCGCAACUAUCCCACAUGGUGAAUACGUCUACCAAACAAAUGGCCAAUCAACGGGGACUACAAACAAACGUCUUCAGACAUCAUCCCCACAUGGCCUUGACGGAGCGAUCGUUUCUAUUCCAUCUGACGUGGCAAACGGGACCAAUGACAAAGACCACAAAAUAGGAGGAGUGCCUCUAGCAAAAAAGAAGAGUCCUCCUGCACCUUUUUUGACGCAAAUCAAGGGAUUCGUACCCCCAAAAAGCACGGCAGAAGCCCAUUUAGCCUGGGGCCAAUUCUCAAAGGUUGCAGCUGAGCAAGAUGCCUUGGAUGCAAAGAAAUUCCUUGAGAACGCACCUCGUCCGGGAGAGACCUAUUCACUGGAUGCGGAUUUCUCUCAAACAUGGAGAAAGAUUAAACCUGGCGAUCUAGACAGAAAAGUUACCAAUGUCCAAAAGGCCGAGGAAACGAAGAGUGCUGUCAAGAACGCCGAUGAAAUCGAUCUUGACCUCGAUGACGAUAAUUCGAGUGCCAACACCCCCGAGACUGAAGCCGAGAAGGGUAAAGCUGCUAUCAAAAACACGGACGAGAUUGACCUCGAUGACGAAAAUUCGAGUGCCAACACCCCCGAGACUGAAGCCGAGAAGGGCAAAGCUGCUAUCAAAAACACGGACGAGGUUGACCUCGAUCUUGAUAGCGGCUCAGAAGGCGGUGCAAACAUAGAGGUUAAAAAAAACAUAGUCCAUAUCCAAAAUAACACCGACCAAGCUGAGCCUAGCCGUGACGAAAAUGAGGUAUCUGGUGACCUGCGAGAGCAGCUCCCUGAAGGGUUCAAGCGCCAGCGUCAACAAUCAGCUUCGUACGGCCCUCUGCCCGACGAAAUCUCGAAUAAAACCACUGAGUUUUUAGCAUUGGGCAAGUGCAAAAGCGAGUUUGCGUGCAGUGAGUACCUCGAGCUUUUUGAAAUAGCCCCAGCCUCGGAAGAAGGUGAUGCGCAGGGUCCGUAUACUCUUCAAUACGACAAGGAGUGGCUUGCAAUUACUCGUGUCUUUGCAGAUUCGCUGGCGCUCGGCGACCCUGGUUUCCAAAUCUCCCCUGACCUGGGCGAUGAGGUUUACAAGCCUAAGAUCCUCGCCGAAGAGGCUUGGGUACAAGAAAACAUCGUGGACAAGGGUAGAAUGGAGGUGCCACAAAAUUUCGAGAUCACAGCCCCGGUUUACGAUCCAGCAGUCUCAAUCAACACCACAGACAUGCCACCAGAGUACAACAACAACCAAACGGCAGCAUUCUGUGAGCUUGUUGGCAUUGAGAACAAGUUUCACCUGACUCCUGAGGAACAAGAACGGCGUCGUGCCCUCGUGCCUCGAGCUGCGCGGAAUUUCCAUGGGAACAACCGCUACCGUAUUCCCCGUCACGGACGCCACAACCAAUCUGGUCGAGGUGGUGGUAAACGACGCGGAGGUUAUAACGGCGGCUCUCCUCGUCAGUUCUCUUAA